AUGCCUAGUCACUUGAGGAUCAUCUUGGCCGUUGGAUUGUCUCUGCCAGCGAGAUCCGACCGUCACAGGGCGAAGCAGGAGGGCCGAGAGCUUGCCCGAGGUGUUCUCGCGCCCUCCCAUGGCGCCCGCCCUCCAUGGACUUCCGCUCCCUUGUCUUAUUGCUUCGCCUUUCUCUCCUCUCUUUCUCUCUCUCACUCUCUCGCUCUCCCUUCCACUUCCAUGGCAAUGGCCUCGCCGGUGAAGCCUGAGAGCCACAGCCCAAUCGAGGCGGAGGAGAAGGAAGAAGCGGCUAAGCAUGAAACAGGGGAGGAAGGGGAGGAAGGAGAAGACGACGACGAAGAAGAUGACGAAUGCUUCUUCGAGUCGUUCGACCGCGUCCCCUCGAAGGUCUCCUUUUGUGUUGAUCUCCCCUCCGACUCCGACGACGACGAGUUCGACGACGUCCGCAUGUCCUUCUCCUCGGCUGUCUGCCCUACCGGCGACUUGCGGUGCGCCACCUUCUCACGCGAGGAGUUCCUCGCCGAGAAUCGAGACGACCACGACGUAGGAGGUGACCGGAAGAAACCCGCUGGUGGUGGCUUCGAUUAUGACGUGUGGAUGGACGAGCAGAUGCCGAUCAAGGAGCGCCGCCGGCGCCUCCUCCAGGGUAUCGGUUUAGCUAGCAACAAGAAUUUGGCCGCAGCCACUCUGCGCCUCCGUGGCAGCAUGCGGGGCAGCAUGCGUGGCAGCAUUCGGAAGCCCGCCGUAGAUGCACCUGCCGCGCCGCUGCCUCCCUUGCCGCAGUCUCCUCAGGAAGCCACGCCACCGGCGCCCUCGCCUGCACCGUGUUCUGCGACGGAACAACCAGCCCUGACGAGAUGUAGGUCCGACACGGCGCUGGCAGCGGUUGAGCCACGGCCUACCCUGUUUCGCACUGCGUCCGCGCCUGCGGCGCUUUGCAUCCUGCGGGACACAACCGAAGGGGAGGACGGCGGAGGAGGCACCGUCGCCGAUGAGAACAAGAACAUGGAUGAUGGAAAGGAGAUUGCAGAUGUGAGCAAGGACGAGGCCAAGGGACGAUUGAAUCUGCCGGUGAGUAUGGAGGAGUUCGAGCGCUUCUUUGGCCACUCGCCGAUCGUCAAGGAGCUCAUGCGGCGGGUGAAGCUCGGCGGCGGCGAGAAGAACAGCAAUAAGGCCGUCGCCGGAGGCAACAAGCCCCCAAAAUCAGGGAAAGGGAAGAAAGGCGGCGGCUGGCUCAAGAACAUCAAGUUCGUCGCCAGCACGGUCGGUCUCAUCUCUGAAAAAGAGAAAUGCGGCACCGCCUCGACCAAGUCUGCCUCCUCCGCCACCUCGGCCACCUUGGCCACCUCCACCGGCGAGAACCCCUCCUCUUCGGAGCUGAUGAAGGUCGGAAAGUACGGCAAGUCAAACAAGGAGCUCACCGGUCUCUACAUGAGCCAGGAGAUCCAGGCGCACCAGGGCUCGAUAUGGACCAUCAAAUUCAGCUGGGACGGCCACUACCUCGCCAGCGCCGGCGAGGACACAGUGGUGCAGGUCUGGCAGGUCCAGGAAUGCGACAUCUUCUCGUCGCCUCUCCGGCGGCAAGAAUCCCGCAACCAACGCUCGUCCCCCGCGCUAGGCCGACCACCAUCGACGAAGAAGACCAAAAGGACCAAGAGCGCGAAGAGGACGCUCCCCGACUACAUCGUCUUACCGGAGGUCAUCUUCUCCCUCUCCGACAAGCCGUUCUGCUCCUUCGAAGGCCACAAAGAAGACGUCCUCGAUCUCUGCUGGUCCAAAUCUCAGCAUUUGUUAUCGUCGUCGAUGGACAAAUCAGUGAGAUUAUGGGACAUCGAAACCAAAACCUGCCUCAAACUCUUCGCACACAACGAUUACGUGACAUGCAUCCAGUUCAAUCCAGUUGAUGACGGCUACUUCAUCAGUGGGUCGCUUGAUGCCAAGGUCAGGGUUUGGAGUGUGCCGGAGAGGCAGGUGGUGGACUGGACUGAUCUCCAUGAAAUGGUCACUGCUGCCUGCUACACUCCUGACGGUCAGGGUGCUCUAAUUGGAUCACACAAAGGGAAUUGCAAGAUCUACAAGAUCACUGAUCGUAAGCUUUCUCAAGAAGGCCAGAUUGAAAUAAAGAACAAGAAGAAGAAGAAGCAGGCUCCAAAGAUCACUGGUUUUCAGUUUGCUCCGGAUAAUCCAUCUGAAGCGAUGAUUACUUCAGCUGAUUCACAAGUUAGAGUGUUUGAAGACCAGAAGAGGAUUCAUAAAUUUAGAGGAUUCCGGAACACGAGCAGCCAGAUCUCGGCGUGGUACACGGUGGACGGCCGGUACGUGGUGUGCGCGAGCGAGGACUCGCACGUGUACGUGUGGAAGCGGGAGGCGGCGGCGGCGGCGGCGAAGGGCAAGAGCACGACGCGCUCCCACGAGCACUUCUUCUGCAAGGACGUGUCGGUGGCGGUGCCGUGGCCGAGCGCCGGGAGCACCUGCGCUCCCCUGUCCCAGAUGCCGUCGGCGGACGAGCAGCCGCCCCUGGCGGCCACCGACUCGCAGAGGUUGACGGCGUCGUCGCUCGACCAGGACCCGUUCCCCAGCGGCCGGAGCUCCAGCUCGGUGCCGCCGAUCCCGAAGAAGAGCCACUCGGAGCAGGAACUGUCGAGCUUGGACGAGGCCGGGCCGGGCGGCGCCGGCGGGUCGCUCUCGCCCUCGGCGGUCGACGGAGGCUCUACUUCGGCGCCGGAGGACAGUUCAGUGUCGACGCAUCUCUCGGAAUCCGUCGCCGCGUCGUCGGCUCCCUCGAAGGCCAAGGGAUCGGCCGGCGGCGAGCAAACGAACGCGUGGGGGCUUGUGGUGGUGACAGCUGGACUGGGCGGUGAAAUAAGAGUAUUCCAGAAUUUCGGCCUGCCGGUCCGCAUCAAAUAA